AUGUAUUUCUCGCGAGGAGCCACACGUCUCUUACACAGACACUCAUCUGCCACUGCCGCUGCACAGAAGGAGUACAAGAUCAUCCAAGAUGUUAGCAGCUUUGCAGAAAUCGAAAUCAAUCGACAAGACUUUGACCACGAAAAGCCCAUCGAAGUCACAAAGUCCCCAUUUCCAAACUGGAAUUACGGGGAUGGAGUUCCCGAUAACGGCGCAAGCCUCAUUCAGAAGCACCAUGAGAUUGAUCCGUAUGCUUCAACCCGCCCAAUGAUCAACAAUUACCGUCUCCUCGUAUCAGGGAUCGCACCUCGCCCCGUCGGCUUCAUCAGCACUGUGAACGAGAAAGGCCAAAAGAAUCUCUCCCCAUUCAGCUAUUUCCAAGUCAUUGACCAUGACCCACCAAUGUUCAUUGUCGGGUUCUCCUCACGACCUGGACGUGUCAAGGAUACAUAUCGGAAUCUGAAAGAAACAGGCGAGUGUGUCAUCAACACCGUAUCGGAGAAUAUGAUCGAAGCCGUAAAUGCUACCUCUAUCGAUGCGCCUUACGGUAUUUCCGAAUGGGAAGUUUCGGGGCUGCAUGAGGCGCCUUCCACGACUGUGAAGCCUUCACGGGUUGCUGAGUCGGUGCUUUCCGUUGAAGGGAAGGUUCUUGAUAUCAAGGAGUUUACUGAUCAUCAACGACCUGGAAUGAGUAUCGCUGCUACGGUUUUGAUCAAGGCUACGAGAUUUUGGGUUAAGGAGGGCACGGCUGAUGCGGAUCUCAGUCAUAUUGAUUUGGAUAAACUGCGGCCUGUUGCUCAGCUUGGUGGGGUCUCUUAUGGUCGUGUCGUGUCUACGUUCGAGAGGCCGCGCAGCAAGUGGGCUGUUGAGCUUCCGAAGAGUGAGUUGUUAACAAGGCUGGAUAAGAAUAGGCCGGAUGUUGAAUAG